UAUCCAGCAUAUCGACGUCCGAAUCAAUAAUCCCAUAAGGCGCAUGUCCGCCAUCGCGCGUAUUGUUGCCGGAUCAAAACUAACUUCCGGCGACGCUCGCGACGCCUGAAUAGACGGCUUGGCGCGUUAUGGAAGCGUCGGCAUCUUUGGCAGAAGGUCGAGUGAGCACAAGUGUCCUUGUGAUGGUUUAAUUGAGAUGUGAACAGCGAGAACCAGUUGCGCUGCUAAAAUGACGUCUUUAGGGCGCUGCUCCACUCCCACCGCCACUGCCACCAAGUGAGCCGUCAUGUCUUCAUCCUCUCGCAGCAACAUUUACGAGAACAACAAUGACAUAAAAGCGAAAAUGGCAGAGACGCCGCAACCGACGCCCAAGCCCUGCGCCGCCAAGCCCCGGCCCGGCUGCUGCACUUGCCUCCACCUCAACAACUUGUGGUCGCUGUGGUACGGCGUCUUCGGAACGGCCUUGCAGGCCUACACCGCGAUCAAGUGCGUCAAGCGGAUCCUGGGGUACUCGCUGUUGGCCUGGCCGGAGAACCUGCCAGUGCCGUACUUGGAGCUGAACUGCAGUCUGGGCCUGACAGGGGCCGCGAUUCUGCUGCUGCCCCUGUUCCUGGUCGCGACGCUGUUCAAAAUCGGGAACUUGGCCAAUGACGGGUUCAAGCUGGGACGGCAGUUGAGCACGUGCAGCAGGGAGCCGGCGAACGAGAUUCUGACGAACAAUGGGACUUGUCGGCUGUUUAGGCAUGGGGGACCCACGGCGCCGUUUGUGCACUUGGUCAUUGCGUUUUGUCUGCUGGUGCCCAAGCUGCUGAUGGAGGCCAGGCUGAUUGAAGCCGGGUUCUUGUCACAAGACUGGAUCUGGCGCACGGAUUUGGACUUCAUGGGUCUGCACAAAGACCGCAUGGUAAUUUUAAGCUUCAUGACACCCAACAACACGACAAUAGCGCAAGUCAAACGCUCGGCGACCCCUUCACCCAUCACUCCUCUCCCAUUUACCAGCAACUCGGUUGUGACUAAUACUGUAAUAAAGACUUUGAAGGAUUUUAUCGGUCAUGAGAACCACACGAAUUUCGAACACAAAAAUAUCGAAACAGGAUGGGGCAGUUCAGUUAGUGUGGAGUACAUGAAUCUGGUCAUAGCUCUAAUGGUGUACUCCAUACGGUAUCCGGCGUUGUUCUGGUCGACGAACAAGUGUCUGGGUACAAUUUUCUCGUUUCAGCUGCUGAUCAACGGCUUACAUACGCUUUUGGCCUACGCCGGAAUGUCCAUCUUAUACAAAGUACAAAUCGUCGGCGGGUGGAAAACCCUCCCUUUGCUCAAACACGAACCGACGACUUUGUUCACAUUUAGCAAAUUAUCACCGUUUUUACUCAACCCACAAGUUACUCUAGCACUUUACAUGAUGUCAACGCUUCUAAUUCUAUCGUCUAGCCUAGUGUUGUAUCUUUAUGGCCAUACGAGAUUCAACGCGUUCCUGAACCAGGAACGCGAACGAAAAGUCAUAAUGUUGAAGGAAGGGAGCACCAACAGGUGGAGCUACUUCACCCAUUGUGCCGCCCUGUGUGUCUUGGUAUCGGUAGGGAUAUGCAACGCCCCCCUCCUCCAUGACUACACCGUCCUGUACAAAGGAAGUCUGGAUGAAACCACGUUGGCUUGCAUCGUCGGCGGAAUCCUCCACCUGUUUUUCUGGAUCGUCAUCUGGCUAUUUUUGACAAUAAAACAAACCUGGAUUUUUAAACUGAGAGUUACAGUCGGCCGAGCAACAGUGCGCCAAGCCCGCUCCCUGAAACUCGUCACCGACAUCGAUUUAAUGUCCUCCAGGGUUGAGGAUCUCUCGCAGCAACCCCUCCUGAUUGUGGGCAACGGUCGCACCUACAACAUCGCCGAGACCUCGCCCAAGAAAGCCAUAAUGAGCGUCAUCCAGAAAGCCACCAUGAGCAAAAAAGCCUCCAAUGGUUCGGUCUCGAACCAGGACGACGACGAGGAGCAGAUUUACUGGCUUCGGCCGGCUCUAGUCACCCCGCAGUCGUCACCAGACGAGGCCAAGCAGUUGUGCUGGUUCAAGAACAAGCCGAAGCACAAAGUCACCUUCAACGAAACAACUAGUACGUCUGUUAAUCGUAAAAACAGUGGAGUACGAGGACGACGAUUGACGGCGAUGGACGAGGAUGACGGGGAUUAUGCCACGCUGAGGGAGCUGCCGCUCCCUCAGCCGGUUCGCAGGCCGGAGAACCGCGAAGAUACGGUCAGUGAAGAGGGAAAGCUUCUGGCUUGCGUGCAAGACGAACGUGUAACAUACGCUAGUAAUAAUCAAGAUCUAAUACCUCCUGUAGAUUAUGAGGAUCCGAGUCCUUUACUAACACCAGAACCAUUAUACGCACAAAAAACACCCGCAUCUGUCAUUGUUCACAGUCAUGAGACGCAGAUCACCACUGGCCAAACCCCCCGUUGCCUCCGUCGCGCCGACUCGGGCAUGCCCCACGACGAGCUCACCCCCCGUUCCGACACCCUCAGCACCGAGAGCUCCACGUCCCCUCCCGAGCCCCCAGGGAGCAACCACAGCGAGACCUCCAGCGGCGUCCACUCCAACGACAGCGACCACAAAACCGCCCGUCGUGCCACCAGCGUCGUAGACCUCGUCCAAAACCGGGAGGAAAUCCACUGGAAGUCCUCCUCCCUCCAACGCAACACGAGCCCUCCACCCAGCCAGGCAGUCAUCCUGGAAAACCCCGCCGAGAGCACGGUGGUAAUCAGGAGGAAGGUCUCGCGGCCGGUCCCUGCAGACGUCGUCCAGGGCGUGGGCGUGAAGGAGGAGCCGUUCGGGAGGGCGACCAACAUGCGGAUGACCUCCUUCAUGGAGAAGACUGACCUGGGGGGCAUGCAGGCCUCGUCUGCCACGCUGCCGCACUUCCCCACCCAGCCCAUGCAGAACGUCUACGCCCACUGCUCGACCAUGCCGCUACCCCAGCAUGGGGGGAUCCCCAACGGGCAGAGUCUAGUCGCUGGGAACAGCUGCAAUGUGUACCCCAGGCAACACACCACCCUCCCGACUCAUCAUAACGGAGUCAAGCUGUUUCAUCCCCAAAACCCCUACGUGACGAGGUUUAAAUGCAAGCAAGCCGAACCAAUCAAAACCAAUAUACAUGAGCCGAUCUACACAGGAGUGAACAAAUCAGGAGACAUGUAUCAUUAUAAUUCUUAAAAUCGAGGACCACGUGCAUUUAACACUCACAUACUUAUCACUUGUUCAUAUCGUACCACUCUUAUCAUCACAACAAGACACAAUAAUUUUAGGUUUAGGUUUUAUAUGGACAAGUAUACACUUGGUAGCUAGGAUUAAAUUUUGUAUAUAUACAGUAGUUAAAAUAAUUUUAUAUGAUUAGUAGAGUCGUUUUUUUAUUAAUGUGGUCAGGUCAGGUUCUAGUCAUUAGGUUUACGAGACGGAGAAAUAUUUUAUUUAUCAGCUUUUUAUGGUAAACUUGUUCGUGAAACCCCAUAGACCCAUGUGUAACAGUAACUUAUAUCAAAAUGUCGAAUCAAUAAACGCAUUACACUCAA